GGUGUGGCUUAGCAGGGACACUGGUUCAGUCUUCUGAUCCAGUGAAGGGGUAGCUCCGUCUGAGAAGAUACUCACUCCCCGCGGCUCUGCUAUCCUGCUUGCAUCCGACUCCUCCCUCCUGCAGCUCAGAACAGCGCAGGGUGAAUCCAACAGCCUCUCAUUUCUACUAUGUUUCUCCCUGGGCUACUAGAGCUUGAACAUACGUGACAUUCUGCCUUCGUUUCAGCUGCACUCGUGAGUAAGGCACAUUGCCUGAUAUCUCUCAAAAGUGAACGGCAUAUUAUUACCUGAAGAGCCUAAAUUAACCAUCUUCCAGUACUGAAAGGAUUAUGAAGAGCUGCAUUUUUUUAGCACCUUUGAUACUUCAUUGUUGCCUGAUUUUUCGAGAGGAUGACUUGUUCUGGUUUUCAAGGAUUCCUUCACCUGAAUAUUUCUUCAUCAGAUGCCACAAAGGAGAGUCUAGGAAAACAAAGAAACUUAUGAUUUGGAGCUAACCAUUCUGGUUUCAGCUAGCGAAAACUUGCAGGCAGUGAGAAGGCAGAGAAAAAAAUUUGCCAAGGACAAUGUCGGUAACGCCUGAUAAUUUGUCACUCAACGGGACGAGUUUCUUUGCUGAAAAUCAUAACAUGGAUAAGCCUAGCGAGCAGAGAACUUUGAAUGUCUUUCUAUUCUGCUUGACUUUUAUCAUUGCAUUCACAGCACUUCUGGGCAGCAUUUAUUCACUAGUUUCCCUGCUGAAAAUGCAAAACAAAACCACGGUUUCAACGAUUGUGACCUCUUUGUCGAUAGAUGAUUUGAUCAGCAUUGUGCCAGUGAUUAUUUUCAUGCUCACUCAGUGGUCAAGCGAUGCUCUCCCCCAGCCUCUGUGCACCACUUCAGCGCUUAUAUAUUUAUUCCAGGGCAUUUCGAGCAACCUGAAAGGGUCUCUUAUAGUUUCUUACAACUUCUACGCCAUUAACAAAACUGAAACAAUGAACAGCAGUACUUCCAAGCGACGAGUGAGCAUGGUAUGGGCCAUUCUUACCAUCUGGAUUGUUAGUUUGCUGAUCUGCAUUUUGCCUCUCUGUGGUUGGGGCAAAUACUCUCCCACCUCCUGGGGUUGCUUUGCUGACUGUGGCAGUUCCUACAUCUUGCUUUUAUUUAUUGUCUACUCGCUGGGCUUUUGCCUCCUCACAGUGCUGUCUGUUCCUCUAACCUACCAGCUGCUGUGCUCAGAUGAGCAGCAGCUAUUACUCAUGGAUUACCAGGAAGUCUCUCGAGGCUGCAUCACCCCUGGGACACCCACAGGCUGCAGCACUGCUACCCCGUCCCUUUCACCGGUGGACCCUGCGGAUAAAACCUUGAAGCAUUUCUCAAACACAUGUCCAAGCCCCGAGGCAGCUUUUAGGAAAGACGUGGCUGAGAACAGUGCACUCGAGCCCCGCUGCGUGAACAGCAUACAGAACAGGAGCUUCAUGGUGGGCUUCGCCCAGAAACGAUUCUCACUGAUUCUUGCAUUGACAAAAGUCAUUCUUUGGCUUCCAAUGAUGAUACAAAUGGUUGUCCAGCACAUCACUGGUUUUCAAAGCUUUCCAUUUGAGACCCUUAGCUUCCUGCUGACUUUGCUGGCUGCCACAGUCACCCCAGUAUUUGUCCUGUCAGAACACUGGAUCCACUUACCCUGUGGAUGCAUCAUCAAUUGCAGGAGGAAUUCGUAUGCAGUGUCCUCAGAAGAACUCAAAACCAAACGCAGGGGGUUUGAGUUCAACCUGUCAUUCCAGCAAAGUUAUGGAAUCUACAAAAUAUCCCACGACAACCACCGCCACCAUGACAAUGAUGGUAAAUCCACGUCCUACCACAACCUGGUGAGCUAUGACUGUGAGAACUCAGAAGACACCGGGAGAGGAAGCAGAGAUCCCUCCGGCCCUGGGUCCAGCACCCCGGCUGUGGUCGACACCCCGCGAGGCCCCGGCCACCAGCCCAGCUCCCACCAGGAGCCCAGCUCCCACCGCCUCCCCCCUAGCAAAGCGGGACCCAGCGGAAGGGAAGAGGGCAGGCAUUCCGAUAAGUCAACCUUUCUCGAAGGACCAGAAAGGAGGUUGUCACAUGAAGAAAGCCAUAAACCUGAACUCACAGACUGGGAAUGGUGCAGGAGUAAAUCAGAGAGGACCCCUCGGCAGCGAUCAGGCGGAGCCUUAGCUAUCCCUCUGUGUGCGUUUCAAGGAACUGUAUCUCUUCAGGCACCCACGGGAAAAACACUCUCAUUAUCUACAUAUGAGGUAAGCACUGAAGGGCAAAAAAUAACACCCACAUCAAAGAAAAUUGAAGUGUAUCGAUCUAAAAGUGUUGGACACGAGCCAAACCCAGAGGAGCCCCCUAAUACAUUUGCUGACACAAGUGUUAAAAUUCAUUUAGAGGUUCUUGAAAUCUGUGACAAUGAAGAAGCCCUGGAUACUGUGUCAAUCAUCAGCAACAUCAGCCAGUCCUCCACACAGGUAAGGUCUCCAUCCUUACGUUAUUCACGGAAAGAAAACAGGUUUGUCUCCUGUGACUUAGGGGAAACUGCCUCCUACUCCCUCUUCAUACCAUCAAAUAAUCCUGACAGCGAUAUAAACAUAUCAAUUCCAGACACUGUCGAAGCUCAUCGGCAGAACAGUAAAAAGCAGCAUAUGGAAAGAGGUGGCUAUCAGGAAGAAAUUCAGAUGUUGAAUAAAGCGUACAGAAAACGGGAAGAAGAUGACAACAGCAAUUAAAAGGCAUUUAAUCUAUUCUUUCAAACUGAUUUGACGAGCCAUUGCUCCUCUUGACUCAAGUUCCCAUAGCAAAUACAAUACCAACUAUUUUUUCCUAACAUAUAAAUUAAUUUCAUUUGGGUGCACUGUUAAAUAGAUGGAAACUUUUAUUGAUAUAUGGAUGGGAUAAGAAAUACUUAAGUGCUUUACAGCUUUGCAUAGUGAAUUCCAAGUUAUUUAUGUAUCUAUUUAUUCGAGGAACAAUUGUAUCUAAAAGGAAUCCUAAAUAGAGGCUUAAAAACCAGCUUUGGUUGGCGCUGGGUGGUCUGUCUGUGGGAUCUGUGGUAAAUGUGGGGGCAGCUCCACGGUGUGAAGUUAUGACAGUUUUGGCUGAUUUGCAAUUCUGCUCUUACUGAUGUGCCAGACUUGAAACAUUUAUCUGAAAACCUGUAGCCCAAACCUAAGAGGAGCUUAUUUAGUUGACUGAGUAGAUGAUUAAGAGACAUGUAUGUGGUUUAAUUUUCUGCUGCUCUAUAUAUGGUCCGUAUGUAAUACCGAUGUAAGUGGCCAUUGUAGAGGCCUUUGAAUAUGGUCGGCUGAAAUGUAAGCAUGCACAUUUUGUAAAUAUGAUGUUGUGAAACUUGAGAGUGUUCUCAUGGCUGGAUAUUUCUUUGAUCAAAUGUGACAAAUGUUGGUUAAUUUUAUACCAGUUACACUGAAGAGUCCCCUUUUUGCCUCCAUGAUCUCUAACCAAGUUAAGAAUUUUUGCACUCAAUCCAAUUAAAGGCAGUGUUUGAAAUGUUUGAAGAGUUAGGGUGUCAGAAGUGAUUUGAAUAAUUCUGCCUGAGUUGUUCCUAAGCAAGGAAUAGCUUUACAAUGUCACCUUGCUCCUCAAGGCCCAUAUGAAGCUAGUGCUUUUAUCAACACAACCAUGAGAGCGCAUGUAGCUGCAGGAGACCCAGAGGCUCACAGCAAAAACACUAAUGUGUUGGGGGUUUUUGUCCUGUAUAUUCUGUCAGUAAACCCUUCAUCACUGCUCCUUGGAUGGACUCGCUUUAGACCUGAAUCAGGAGCUGGGGGUUACCACUGAUUUGUGACUCCUUAAGAGAGGAGGAAGGAGCUAUUCAAGACGGCCAAGCUUAGAGACUGAACUUAGAUGUCAACCUUAACAGAGUGAGUCUGGUUACCUAAACCAAGUUCCUGCCCUGUAUCACCCUCAGGAAGAGCCCAUCUCCCUAGUGACUUAUAAGGAACCUAGAACUAAAUCUAAACCCAACCUUAAACCCGUGAAUACUCUAUUUUGUGUCAAAUUCAGACAAGCCAAGGCAGAAACAGUGAAUGGAGUCCUCAAGUCUUACCUUAAAUAUGCUGCAUAUACUUGAAAUGACAGUGCGGUUUGACUGAGAGCUCUUUUUUCUGAUGUUUUGUCAUUCAUCUCAGCUAAGGAGGUAAAUAUACUCCCAGGACUUUUGUCAGUAUAGUUAUUUAAUGAAUAGCUUUAAUUUCCAGCGGCAUACAUGACAACACAGACAUUUAGGUGUCUGCAGUUUUGCACUCAGUGGGAACAUGUAAGGGAAAAUAAGCUAAACCCUACUCAGGAUUCCUAUACGGGUUACG